AUGGCAUCUCAAAGUUCGAAGAAGACGGCUCAGGCCAAUACCACUACCUUGAACCAAUUGCAUGCUAUCUCUGCUGGCAUAAACUUGGCCGUUCUCAUCAUCGUCUACUUCUUUAGAAGACCAUCCAACUACAAACCAUGGGUGCUCUUUUCACUUCCUUCCUGGUUUUUCCAGUAUACUUUGGAGAAGUCUGGUCGUCCAACUUACCAAGGCAACAAACUUGUAAGAUCUGGUGAAGAUAUUCAUCAUGAAGGGUUGUAUGAAUACUUCUUCGAUAUCAUCUAUGUUACAUGGAUCUUGGAUAUCCUCAUGGUAAUCUUGGGCACCAACUACGUGUGGUUUCUCUACUUGGCUAUCCCAGGUUAUGCAGGCUACAAGAUCUUUGGCGUAGCUGCACCUUUUUUGAAGAAAUCCAAACCAGCUAAAGCAGAAGCUUCUUCAGAGACUUCUGGUGCUGACUCCAAGAGUAAGCGUCAGACUAAGUUGGAAGCUAGAAGAGAAAAGGGCCAGGGCCAGGUGCGGUACAGAUAA